ACGAGUACACGCACGUAGCUGUCAGUAGGAAACGCAGGCUGCUGGUGUUGGAUGUACCCCUGCCGCGCUGCUUGGAUGCAUUAAAAACAAAGAAACUGCGUUUUGUUUCACAAUGAAAACCAUUCUAUAGAAGUUCACUUGCAUUCGGCGAUAAUUGUCGCAGCAAGUCCGCAUGUCUAACACAGGUAACCGAAACAUUCGGCUAGCCAGCUAGGCUAACAGAAGCCCAACGCUAUCCGCGCUAAUGCUAACAGCUACAGUGGGCUAAAUAAGCUAACUUAGCCAGCGAGCUCGCCGAUUGCGAGACGUCUGCGCUUCCAGGUUGCCACCCGGUUCCGCGGUGCCUGGACCCCGGUCACGCCUUUUCGUCGCACUCCAUUUCGCCGAAGAGGUUGCGGGACGCGGAGCAGUGGCGGGGGGGGAGCGUACGGCUAGGAACCCCCUGGCCGUCCAGGCGGACGGAUCGCGGUGACACCGCCGGUUUGUUGGAGAGAUCAGGGAGGAAUCAUGGCUGAACUCUUCACCCUAUCCCCAUCACCCCCUGCAUUGAGUGACCCUCAUGCAGUUCCCUCCAUCCCUCCAUCCUCGUCGGUGCACCCUACUACCAACAGCCCGGCUCUGGACAAGUCCGCUCCCAAGUCUUCCCUCUACAAUGACAAAGCUUUGACUGGAAACAGUCCUGCUGCACCAUCAGGGGGUUCGCCCUCUACCCCCCUCCCAUCUUUGAGUCCUCCCGAACUCACUGCUGAAACGCCUCUUACAUCACUGGUACGCGAAGCUGCUCCACAGACAGACGCCUCAGCAGGGAAAGAUGCAGAGGUCGGCGCUCGUGUUGCGAAGCAGGAAACGAGCACCGACCCGCCGGCUGGAGAGCUCUUUAAUACUGAAGAAGAGACCCCGGCACUGUCAAGCGAGCCAUCGGCUCAGAGCGAAUUGCAACAGGCCUCCCCCUCUCCUGAUCUCAAUCCUGGUCCUAAUCUCUACCCCAAUGUGCAUGUCACACACAAUCCAAAUCCUGUAAUGGAUGAUGGUCAAUUUACAGCGGGCCAACCACAAAUUGCUGCCGCUUCCGAUCCCGCGCCCGCAGAGUCCAGUGGCACGGCAACAUCCGCAUCAGCUAAAGCCGAAGAGGAGGAACCUCACCCACUCCCGCAAGCACAAGACCCUCAAAGCCAGCCUCCCCCCAUCUCCCCGAAGCCCUGCACCCCAAGUGAAGCAAUGAAAGCACAAGACCCUCAAAGCCAGCCUCCCCCCAUCUCCCCGAAGCCCUGCACCCCGAGUGACGCAAUGGCAGCACAAGUGCCCAUCUCCCCCACCAGAGCCGAACACCCCAGUCCGACUGUCCCAUUGAUCCAAGAGCCUGGCCCCGGCUUCACGCUGCCCCACCCAAAACCCCGGCCGGCACCUGACACCCUCAGCUACCUGGAGUCAGCCAGCAUGAUGUCAGGGACGUUGGAGUCUCUAUCUGGGCUGGGAGAGGACGGCAGCUCUGUGGGCUCUGACUCAGAGAUAAACGGCAUGUCGGUCAGGCGCACUGAUAAAUAUGGCUUCCUAGGUGGGAAUCAGUACAGUGACACAGGAGAAAAGGAUAUUCGAGUUGAAGUGGCCAGACAAAGGGAGGUCAAAUGGCUGGAUAUGUUCCACAACUGGGAUAAAUGGAUCAAGCAUCGCUUCCAGAAGGUGAAGUUGCGCUGCAGGAAGGGGAUUCCAUCUUCUCUCAGAGCCAAAGCGUGGCAGCUGCUGUCCAACAGCCAAGAGCUCCUGGAUGCCAACCCUGGAAAAUUUGAGGAGCUGGAGAGAGAGCAGGGAGAAGCUAAGUGGCUGGACAUUAUAGAGAAAGAUCUCCACAGACAGUUUCCCUUCCACGAGAUGUUUGCUGCCCGCGGUGGCCACGGGCAGCAGGAUCUGUACCGGAUCCUGAAGGCCUACACCAUUUACCGGCCUGACGAGGGUUACUGCCAGGCCCAGGCUCCCGUGGCUGCGGUGCUGCUCAUGCAUAUGCCAGCUGAGCAAGCUUUUUGGUGCCUCGUCCAGAUAUGCGAGAAGUAUCUUCCCGGCUACUACAGCGCUGGACUGGAGGCGAUCCAGCUGGAUGGCGAGAUCUUCUUCUCCCUGCUGCGGCGCACGUGUCCGAUGGCGUACCGUCAUCUCAAGAAGUUCAAGAUUGACCCGAUUCUCUACAUGACCGAAUGGUUCAUGUGCAUCUUCUCACGCACCUUGCCCUGGGCCAGUGUACUGCGCGUGUGGGACAUGUUCUUCUGUGAAGGGGUGAAGAUCGUGUUUCGCGUGGGAAUGGUGCUGCUGAAACAGAUGCUCGGCUCUGUGGAUAAACUGCGGGAAGUCCAGGGCAUGUAUGAGACCAUGGAGCGCCUCAGGAACAUCGCGCCCGACGCCAUCAGAGAGGAAGUGUUGGUACAGGAGAUUAUCAUCCUCCCGGUGACGGAGACGCUCAUCGAGAGGGAGUGCAACAUCCAGGUGAGGAAGUGGCGGGAGUCCAGAGGGGAGCUGACGCACCAGCCCGGCCGCCGGCUCCACGGCACGAGGGCCAUCUUCGAGCACAAGCGCCGCGCCGCCUCCAUCAGCUCCGGCGGCAGCUUCUCCUUCCUGGGAAGCUCCAUCCCGCCGCCGGGGCCCCUCAGGGCCUCCUCCAGCCUCCUCUCCCUCCCCGGCUUCCGCAGGUCCAAGGCCCCCUUCCACUCCCAAGCCAAGAAGGGCUCCUUCUCGGGGCCCUCAAUGAUGGAGUCUUCAAGCCUGGAGCGAGGCCCCAGCCACAAACCACCCAUCCCUCACGGGGCCGUUCAGAGGGCUCCGGCCCCCCACCUCCGGAGCCCCUUGGUCGGAGGCGCAUCGGGGGCAUCGGGCCCAUCGGCCGGACCUGCUCCGGCCUCUGCAGACCCCUCGGCAGACCCCUCGGCACGGGGCCAGCCUACCGCUUCGGCCCCGACACAAAGCGCAGCAGCACCGCCCAGCACUCUGUCCCCUUCCCCCAAGGUCGUCUCCGAGCAGGUCACGCCCACCAUCCCCUCGCCCACGGCCAACAACGCCCCCCGUACGCCAAUUCUAGAAUCGAAAAAGGAAGUGGCGCCGGCGCCCGACGCCCCGACCGGGGAGGAAGAGGUGAAGAAGAAGCGGAAGAGCAAAGAAGACAAGAAGAAGGAAAAGGACGACGAGAAGAAGAAAAUGAGGGAGAAGAAGGAGAAGGACAAGACUGAAAGAGAGCGACUGAGGAAGGAGAAAGAGAGGCUGGAGAAAGAGAAGAAGAAAGGGGGGAAGAAAAAGGACAAAGGGGGAGGAGACGUGGAGGAGAAGAAUGGAGCUGCAGCAGCAAGGGAUUCGGCCUAGUUUCCCCCCCACUCUUCAUUCCAGGAUAAUGAAAAGGGACGGCGAGCCGAGGAGAGGUCAGGGAACAAAAGUCUCCCAGUCACAGAAAAGAGAGUUGUUCAUUCAAAAAAAAAAAAAAAGAAGAAAAUUAGAAAAAUAGGGUAACUUCCUAACACGCAUCAUUUCAAGGACCACUUGGAGAAAACUGGAUUAUGGUUUUACUAGCUCCUGGAGGGGCAGUUCGACCCCUCGCUCAGUUCCCUCUUUUAGUUUCAGUAAGAUGGGGACAAAUUUCCUUUUUGUUCUUUCAACUGGAGCAUGGACUGUGAAUUACCGUCGUUAUCGUUUUAGUUUUUGAUUUUCAAAUUGUUUCUGGUUGUCAUUAUGAUUUUAAACGAGAUGGGGGGAGGCAGUGUUCAUUGAAGCACUGACUCAAAGGAAGUUGAAGUAGUUCCGGUGCCAUAGAGGAUGUAAAUAAAAGGUCCACCUGUUAGCACGCAGUGCUCGUCUGCGGCCUGCUUCUCAAACACGGCACUGAAGGCAGCAAUGCCCGUAAUGUUGUUGAGGAUGUAUUUAUUGUCCUGUUAAAUGUUGUGAGUGAGUGCGUGCCUUAGUAGUGUAGUGAAAUGUGUUCUCGUUCUGUGUGUGGCCUCCCUGUUUUCAGUCUCCCUUAGGCUGCUUUUUUUAUUAUGAUUUUUUUUUUUUUUUAUCCCUGAGUGGUUCUUCUUGCAGUGGAAUAAACCUGAAGGAGGAAAUGGAGCGAUGUACACGGACGACGAGAAGGAGAACAUUAAGAACACAACCGGACACCAUAAAACACAGGGAGCAUUUUAUUGUUUUUAUUUCAACUUCUUUUGUCUGAGAUUUUUGCAUAAAGCAGGCGCAACACAAUUGGUUGCCGUGCACGAGUCCCGCAGACCAAAUCUGUAAAAUUAGUAUUUUUGCUUUUGACAAACAAAAACCCUCCAAUUUGUAUUUUUUAUUUAGCCGAAUUUCCUGCGCGGGUAAGAACUCAAGAUCACAAACACAUUAGAAUGUGACCUUGAGUAUCUUGGAGAGAAUGAAGGAAGAUGUUUUGCACUUGUGAACUCGUCACAAAGCACCACUGAAGUCGACCACUCCGUUGAAAACGAGUCCACAUCUGCCUCGAGGACCUAUAGGAAGCCACUUGACUGGAGGCGCCAGGUGUGCCAAUGUAGCAUUGACCUCCGAUCUUUGGCCUUCGGGCUCUGGUGUAUUUAUGUACAAAGUGGUUAAUUUAAUCAAAUAUAGUAUAUUAUGAAUUAUUAUUAUUAUUUUGCAUCUGACUAUUUUUCUAUGUGAGCGAGAGACACCUGGUCGACUGGAACGAUGGCGGACUACACGCAGUGUGGCUGCAGGGGGGGAUCAUCUAAGUGUUUUAUUUUUCAUUUUCUUUUCGUUGCACGCCAUGUCCUUUCUCUCCUACACAACCACCUCGAUGCACGUCUUUGCUAUUAUUUAGGUUUACUGUCACUGUUGGUUAGGUCAACGAAAGGUUUACUGAAGUGCAGUGUUAGAUGGACUCGGGUACAGCGACCGGCCUCCGAUGGAACAGAACAGCGAGGCGAGUUUUCCAGACAGAAUUUUUGGGAGUUGCAGGUCUUAAUCGUACUGUAUAAUAUACUAAGAAGUGAUUUGUGAGCUUCGGAUGGCUCUUUAAUUGGAGACCUUGAGUGUGUCUUGUCUCAACAAGUUGUGUUGUAACACGAUGACCUCUGGACUAACUCCCUAACCUAUUACACUCAGUGUUCUGUACUGUAACAUAUUUAUGCACACAUGGAGCCGCACUGAGCCCGUCAGUGUACGAGGAAUAGUGCCAGGUAGUUAGCGUAAAACCAGUUGAUGCUCUUUAACCGUACUGUUUUUCGUAGUCGAGGAUUAGAGGGACUUUCGUCUAAUAGUAGCCAACAGAUAUGUCCUGCAUUUUCAUUGUUCUUACCCACUUACUUCGGGUCUGUACAAGGCCGUCACGUAGAUGUACGAACGUCCCUCCCGCCCGGUGCGUUCAUUCAUACGCGCACAUCGGUGUAGUUCCAGUGAGGACAACCUGAACACAUCUAUGCAAACCGGCCUCCGCCUCCAGUGUUGACGGCGUUGCGGUGACGGCAGCCCAGAAGGCGUUCAUUUUGUGCGUCAGUCGUUCUUUUUCUGAGCACACGCACACACACUCUGAUUCCGGUGGACUACAGUUAUUUAACGCGCAGUAGAUCCUCGCAGCUCAUGUCUUAGUGAUGAUGUAAUCUCUCGUGUCUCCCAGGACUCGAGACGCCUCGAUUAAAACUAAUAAUCUGGCCGGCUUGUGGAAUCAGUUCUGAAUUAUAUAGAAAAGAAAAAAAAAAAGCACCUGAAACCAUUUCCAUCAGGUCCUUCAAACAGUUCUGCAUCCAUCCUGAAAACGGUCGUUUUCGACCCGCUAAACGUUUUAAGAAGUUUGUUUCUCUCCCCAUGCCGUUACAUCUUUUGUGUUUUUAAGUUUACAUUGUCACACUCUGGUGAAAGUGAAGUAAAAAUCAUAUAAUUGAAUUCAUUCCUUCGGAUCUACAACUAAUGUAUUUAAUUGAUAAUGACAUUUGUGAUGAGUAAUAAACCAUAAUAUAUUAAAUCA